AUGUGUGUAGAAGAUAGGAUUGUCCAGAGAGAGAAAAAGGAAUGUUUUUCAGAGACUGCUUUUGAUGCUCAAGAAGCUGCAGAGAACAAAGUUUCUGGAGAUAAAUCUGACACAUCCAAGACAUGUGCUUCAGUCGUUACUAUCAGUGGAUUGCUAAUAUCCAUCCAAAGGGACUUGCCACUUUUUAUCCCCUUUGGUGGCAAUACCAACUUUCAAACUCUUGUUUCUCAUGGCAAAGGUCUAUGCCCAUAUCCCAUUGUAUCUCUACCACGGCGGUCUACUUCAUCUUUCAUCCUAAACCAGCAAUCUUCUUCACCUCGGCACCCUUUUACCCUUUAUGUGGUAAGGAGGAUAAAGAAUAAUGCCUCGGGAUUGCUUAUUCAGUUAAUACUGCUGCUUCUGCAAAAGGAAAGGUUAACCUGCCAUCUUGUGCUGGUGCAGCUGAUUUUUCACAGUUCCGUAUCACAUGGUUUGCAGGAUGUUCACUCUGGGGUUAAUUCCUCAGAGCAUCUAUUAGUUUAUACUUCAUCAGGCUAUGUGAUUAAACUAGAGCUUCUGCCAUCAAUUGAGGCGGAGCUAAAUGAAAGUGAUCCAUCAACUCGGUCUGGUUCAUAUGUACAUUCGCAAGAUGAGGAGUAA